AGUUUGUAAGUUAUGGCUUGUCAGUUUAAACUAAGAAUAUUAACUCUGUUGUUUAUUUCGUGUUAUUUAAUAUAUAUCGUUCUUUUUACGAAAACUGAUGGUGAUGGUCAACGUCGGGUUUAUCCAACACCUAAAAAGAAAUCGCCAACCAAGUAUAAGGAGUUUUUGAAAAAUUCUCCUUUAUAUGGACUUUCAUAUUAUGAGACGUAUGGAUCAGUGAGAAGUGACUUUAUGGACAAUGAAAACGAAAAGGGCGUUUAUCAAGAUUGGUUAGUUUAUUUUCCAGAAUUUGCAGACUCUUUGAACAAGUUCAAUCAACAAAAGCAUAAUCCGAACGUCAGUUUUGAUACUUUCGGCAACUCAAAAGUGGUAAUCGUCGACAGAAAAGCAGAAUAUAAAACUGGGGAUAUAUUUGAGAUUCAAAUUGCUUCUUAUGAUUGGAAAGAAAACAAAAGUUCCUUUGGUGGCGAUUAUUUUGUUGCUAAACUCAUUUAUGAAAAAAACAAUUUAUACCCUGAUGGAAUAUCUGGUGCUGUUACUGAUCAUCGAAAUGGAACGUACAGCAUACGAAUACCAUUACUGAUCCCGGGCCAAGCACGACUUGAAGUGCGACUUAUGAUACCGCUCAAAGGCGUUGCUGAUCUUAUUAGCUGUACAUCGUCACCGAAAUAUCUAGGCACCAAAUACGUUUCUAGGUAUGAAACGAAUGAAACUACAGAAUGCAACAUCGACUUUAAGUUUGCAGAUAUCCCAAAGGACAAGAUAUGCGACUAUAGUAACCCGCGCAACCAGGAACCUUGGUUUUGCAUCAAACCACCGUCAGGAAAAUGCCCAAAGAUAACUUACGAAAACUUUGAUGCAAGUGCGUCAGAACCGGAAUCCGCCUUCGCCGUUAAAAAUAUCAAUUGUAAUAAUGGUGAGCUUCAGAACAUCGGUUCUAAUAGAAACAUCUUGGGAUCUCCGAUUUACGUAACUGUUAGUCCUGAAAAUUCAAAACCGAUACAAAAGUUGCCACCAUGUGCUACCGGCAUUGGUACAAAGGCAGCUGAAUUCAAACCUGCGGGUAUAUUGUCGACGGUGUAUGGAAAUCGACAUUUUGUGAUAACAAGAUUAAGCAGAUUGCUGAUGCAAAACCAUGCUUUGAAAAUAAAGAAAUCUACUUCUUGGGCGACUCAACAACUCGGCAACACUUUUACUUUUUUGCUCAGAAGUUUGGACUAACUGCGGCAGAGGCAAUCAAUGACGAUAGUUUAUGGCACGGACCGAAAGUAGCAACUGGCCCAGGUAACAUCCGAAUUUAUUACAGAGCUCACGGGCUUCCGUUUCAAAAUAAAGGACCGCCGGGCUUUAAACCUUAUAUGAGUGACGUUUUAGACAGGAUAUUGCCUGGACAAGACGAGGUUCUUAUUAUUCUGAACAUUGGUUUACAUAUUAUGAACUACGAGCCGUCCUUGUUCGUCCAUCGUAUGUUGGGAAUCCGAGAGGCAAUGUUGCGGCUUAACCAACGACGUGAUAAGGUGCGGUAUAUAUAUCGCAGUCACCGAAUGUUGAACAACACCGAAUUCGGGGGGAGAAAUAAUGGCUGGUUACUUUACCGUUAUAACGUCAUUGCUCAACAAAUAUUUCAGGGCGUGGAAAAUUUCUUUUAUUUUGAUGUGUGGGACUUUUCUAUAUUGUGGUCAUAUAAGCAAUUUCAUCCACCGCAGGAAUAUUUAGAGCAGGAAUCUCUUUACUUAAGUAGUUUUAUUUGUAACUAACUUAAACUAAGUACUCAGUUUGGUUUGAGAGUCAAUUACAUUACUUUUGAAUUUCGUUGAUUUCUGGAUUUGAAUGUAUUUUCAGGAUUUUUAAUGUACCGAGCAACUUAAAGGGGCAUACCAACGAAAAAUCAAAAUUUAUGUAUUGAUAGAUAUGCUCAAAUUUGAUCUAAAGGUACCAACAAAUUUCCAAAAUACAAAACAGCUUUUGAAAAAAAGUUUAAAAAAGUUGGCCGUGGCCCAAGGAAUGGGAUUUCCCAUAAAAAAUAAUUUCACUCAACUUUGAUCAUUUCUAGUUUCUAAAAUACUGGAGAAAAUUAAAAUUUUAUUUUUGAUUUAGUAUAAUGAAUGCUUCUUCUUUAAGAAUAAAUAAAAAAAUAUUGUAAAACGUAGACUUUAUUAUGGCUACAUAAUAUGCUGCACUUUUUUUCAUAUUAGUUAAUUUUUAACGCUUUUUCAUGUUAAUAAGUUCAAUAUGUCUCACUGGUACCUCCUGUACCAGUUUCUUUAUAAAAAGUCAGUUGUUUGUUGUUAACUCCUACAGUUGCGUAUAUGAUGUCGCUUUCCUUUCGUUUCCCGCCAGUUUAUUGUGACGUCAUUUUGGUGUGUGUGAUGGAGUGAUGACGCAUUAACCACGUUUUUAUGUUCUGUUUAGUUUGCUCUGUAUUUAGUGUAGUAGUGUGUUGUUGUGUUGUCCAGCGUUUACAUAUGUAAUCUUUAUUCUAGCGACUGAACCAUAAAUGUUUUUAAUCUCUCCCAAUAAGUAAUCGUAGUUUAGUUCGUGUGUGGUUUUGGAUCUAUUCGUUGCCAAUACGUUCUGCAUAUAUUCUAUUCGUUAUUCGUUUGAUUCUAUUCGUUUGCAUAUAUUCUAUUCACACACUAAAAAAAUUCAUUGGCUUUACUAUGAUUUAGCGAGCAUUAAAAAAAAUGGCACCUC